ACUAGUUGAGUUGAGCCACGGGAAUCGAAUACAUUGGCGGGAAAGAAUUGUUUACAUAUUUUUUAUCAACUGAAAGUUAUAAACAAUCUUGGAAACGUCAUCUUGUAAAUCCGGAAGUGUUGUUUGAUUGUUCUGAAUCAAUCGAAACAUGGCUGAAAAAUUGGAAGACCUGAACCUCCCCAACGCCGUCGUGACCCGAAUCAUCAAGGAAGCCCUUCCAGACGGUGUCACAGUCGGGAAAGAGGCCAGGGUGGCUGUUGCAAAAGCCGCCUCGAUAUUCAUCCUCUACCUGACGACAGCAGCCAACACGAUCGCCAAGAAAGGCAACAGGAAGACGAUAAGUGGGCCCGAUGUGCUCCAGGCCAUGGAGGACAUCGAGUUCGACAGAUUCAUCGAGCCACUGAGGGAGGCCCUCGAGAAUUUCAAGAAAUCCCAGAGGGAGAAGAAGGAUGCCAAUUCAAAGAAGAAACAGCAGAGGAAGGACGAUGACGAUGGCAACGACAUGGUUGAGGAUGACUAAACAUGCCUUUAAUUCACCUUUGAAGUUUAAACAUUAAGAUUCAAGUUUUAUACAUAUUUGUAAAAAAUUGAAAUUAAAUUAUUUCAUAAAGUU